AUGUCUUCGGGACAGGAUGAGAGCUCGGUGCGCGUGGCUUUAGCUCUGGGCAACGUGAUCAGCGCUCUGGGCGACCGCAGCAAACGCUCCACACAUGUGCCUUACCGUGACUCCAAACUCACCCGCCUGCUGCAGGAUUCACUGGGAGGAAACAGUCAGACGGUGAUGAUCGCCUGCAUCAGCCCGUCAGACCGAGACUUCAUGGAGACGCUGAACACACUCAAAUACGCCAAUCGCGCUCGAAACAUCAAGAACAAGGUGAUGGUGAACCAGGACAAAGCGAGCCAGCAGAUCAGCGCUCUGAGGACGGAGAUCGCCCGCCUGCAGAUGGAGCUCAUGGAGUACAAGACGGGCAAGCGUCUGGUUGGUGAGGACGGUCUGGAAAGCAUCAAUGAUAUGGUUCAUGAAAACAGCAUGCUGCAGACCGAGAACAAUAACCUGCGCAUUCGGGUCAAGGCCAUGCAGGAGACCAUCGACGCCCAGAGAGCCAGACUCACACAGAUCCUCACCGACCAGGCAAACCAGACCCUCGCCAGAGCAGGUGAAGGUAAUGAAGAGAUCGGAAACAUGAUCCAGAAUUACAUUAAGGAGAUCGAGGAGCUCAGGGCAAAGCUACUGGAAAGCGAGGCCGUGAACGAAAACCUGCGCAAGAACUUGUCCCGCGUCUCCACACGCUCCUCAUUUUACCCGACCUCCGUCACCCCCGGCCUUCCUCCCGAAAAAGACACCUCAGACAUCAUUGAGAUCGCAAAGAAAGACCUGGAGAAACUGAAGAAAAAGGAGAGGAAGAAAAAGAAAAGACUCCAGCAGAUGGAUGAAGGUGCUCAUGAAGAUCUUAAGAACGUCAGUGUCAUAAAGGAGGAGGGGCCUGAUAACGAGCAAGAUAAAGAGGCCUCAGACCGAGCCAAUGAGGAGCCAGACGUCGACGGCAGCGAUCAUGAUGAAGCUGAAGAAGCCGAGGGUGAGGAAGAGGAGGAUGAGAUGGAGGUGGAAAGCUCUGAGGAGUCUGACUCUGAGCUAGAGGAAAAAGAGGAUUUCCAGGCAGAUCUGGCCAACAUCACGUGCGAGAUCGCCAUCAAACAGCGUCUGAUCGAUGAGCUGGAGAACAGUCAGCGGCGUCUGCACACGCUCAAACAACAGUACGAGCAGAAACUGAUGAUGCUGCAGAGCAAAAUCAGAGACACGCAGCUGGAGAGAGACCGCGUGCUGCAUAACAUGGGCUCAGUAGAGACGUGCACGGAGGAGAAAGCAAAGAAGAUCAAGUCUGAAUACGAGAAGAAGUUGAACUCCAUGAACAAAGAGUUGCAGAAACUGCAGUCGGCACAGAAGGAGCACGCACGACUGCUGAAGAACCAAUCGCAGUACGAGAAACAGCUGAAGAAACUGCAGCAGGACGUGUCUGAGAUGAAGAAAACCAAGGUGGGUUUGAUGAAGCAGAUGAAGGAGCAGCAGGAGAGGACGAGGGUCACAGAGACGCGGCGUAACAGAGAGAUCGCCACACUCAAGAAAGACCACCGCAAGCAGGAGCAUCAGCUGCGGCAGCUGGAGGCUCAGAAGAGACAACAGGAGCUCAUUCUGCGCAGGAGAGCGGAAGAGAUCACUGCGCUGAGACGACAAGUACGACCGGCAUCAGGUAAAGUUAACCGUAAGAUCAGUUUACCAGAGCCGCUGCAGGAUUCUUCACCCCGCACAGGCUCCGCACGGCCACACACCCCCGGGGCCGCAGCUCCUAACGGGACCAGAAAGUACCAGAUGAGGACAGGAGGAGUUUACUCCACCAGAACGGCUCGGGCCAAAUGGCAGUCACUAGAGCGCCGCAUCAGUGACAUCAUCAUGCAGAGGAUGACCAUCGCCAACAUGGAGAGCGACAUGAACCGCUCGCUGAAGCAACGUGAAGAGCUGACCAAACGCAGGGAGAAGGUGAUGAGGAAGCGGGACAAGAUCUCCAGCGAGGACGUGGACGCCGACAGGACGGUCCUGUCUCUUAACGAAGAGAUGGAGUCGCUGAGCGCCAACAUCGACUACAUCAACGACAGCAUCGCCGACUGCCAGGCCAACAUCAUGCAGAUGGAGGAGGCCAAGGAGGAGGGCGAUACUGUGGACGUGUCCGCCGUGAUCAGCUCAUGCACGCUAUCAGAGGCUCGCUUCCUGCUCGACCACUUCCUGUCCAUGGCUAUUAACAAGGGUUUGCAGGCGGCCCAGAAGGAGUCUCAGAUUAAAGUGAUGGAGGGCCGGCUGAAGCAGACGGAGAUCAACAGCGCCACGCAGAACCAGCUGCUCUUCCACAUGCUGAAGGAGAAAGCAGAGCUCAACCCGGAGCUGGACGCUCUCCUCGGACACGCUCUACAAGAAAACGGUGAUGAAAGCAGCAGUGAUGAAUCCGCUCAAAGUCCAGGAGCAGAGAAAAGUUGUUUGGCAUCAGAUCUAAUGAAGCUUUGUGGAGAAACCAAAGCCAGAAAUAAGGCUCGCAGGAGAACCACCACCCAGAUGGAGCUGCUGUAUGCCCACUCUGGAGACCCCGAUGCCCCUCCGGAGGAUUUCUCUUCCCCUCUGCUACCUGUGGCGGAGAGUCCUGAGGGAAAUAAAGAACUGACACCCGCUCCCUACUUAGGGGACAGAGAGCCAGCAACCAAAACCAAUGCAGUCUCCAGUGCCAGAUCUCCUACAGCUACUGAAAGAAAGUCUCUGGACCGCUCGCCUCUCACCCGCAGAAAACUGCAGGACCGGAGCCAGAACCACACAGACAGAUCCAGAACCCUGGACAAACCAGGUGUGGCCAGCCCAGCUCUAGCAGCCCGUUCCAGUCGAGCCGCCAGGCUGCAGUGCGUGCACGUGGCCGAGGGUCACACUAAACCCCUGCUGUGUGUGGACUCAACCGAUGAUCUGCUCUUCACCGGCUCAAAGGACCGCACAUGUAAGGUGUGGAACCUGGUCACGGGUCAGGAGAUCAUGUCUCUUGGAGAUCACCCCAGCAGUGUGGUGUCUGUCCGAUACUGCUCCAGCCUGGUCUUCACUGUCUCCACCGCUUACGUCAAAGUGUGGGACAUCCGUGACUCGGCCAAAUGCAUCCGCACUCUCACUUCUUCUGGACAGGUGUCCCAAGGUGACGCAUGCGGGGGCAGUCCUGUAGCCAUCCCACCAGGAGAAAAUCAGAUCAAUCAGAUCGCCCUCAAUCCUUCCGGAACAUUCCUGUACGCUGCGUCAGGCAACACAGUCAGGAUGUGGGACUUGAGGAGGUUUGUAUCUACCGGGAAACUGACAGGCCAUCUGGGCCCGGUAAUGUGUCUAACAGUAGACCAGAUGGGCAAGGGUCAAGAUGUGGUCAUAACAGGCUCAAAGGAUCACACCGUGAAGAUGUUUGACGUGGUGGAGGGCGCUCAAGGCAGCAUCAGCGCCGCUCAUCAUUUUGACCCAGCUCAUCAGGACGGGCUGGAGGCUGUGGCCAUGCAGUGCGAUUCUCUGUUCACUGCUGCCAGAGACUCCUGCAUUAAAAAAUGGGACCUAGCCAGCAAACAGAUGCAAGAACAGGUAGAGAGGGCUCAUAGUGAUCCGCUGAGCUCUCUGGCCGUGGUUCCCGGCUCCAGUGCGGUGGUGAGCGGCUGCAAAGGCGGACUGCUCAAAUUCUGGCACACACACACGCUCAGAGCUCUGGGAGAAGUAAGAGGUCACGACAGCUCCGUCAAUGACAUCUGCACCAACAGCAGUCAGCUCUUUACUGCCUCAGAUGACCGGACAGUGAAGAUCUGGCAGGUGAAAGGCUGUUUAGAGGACGGUCUUCAGUGAAGGGUGUGAAGCUCCUCCACUGAUGUGAAACUGAGACUGAGAGGAGGUCUUCAGCUGUGUGUUUGCUCCUCCUCUGCAGACUUCAAGUGCCCCGAUUGGCUGUUGCUGACCAAUAAGUGAGAGACGCUGGAGCUCAACAAGUGUUUGUUCACAAAUGUGGCACAGUCCUAAAGCUGGCCUUUGGGCAUCAAGCGCGUGUGUGUGUGUGUGUGUGUGUGUGUGUGUGUGUGUGAGAGAGUGUGAGCGACAUGUUGACUGGACUGAACCCGUAUGCUCUUAAAUUAUUUCUUAAUAUUGAUGUCAACUCUUUCCAGUGUUUGUCGACCAAAGCUAGACCUGUGUGUGUGUGUGUGUGUGUGUGUGUGUGUGUGUGUGUGUGUGUGUGUGUGUGUGUGUGUGUGUGUGUGUGUGUGUGUGUGUGUGUGUGUGUGUGUGUGUGUGUGUGUGUGUGUGUGUGUGUGUGUGUGUGUGUGUGUGUGUGUGUGUGUGUGUGUGUGUGUGUGUCCAAUGGAACUUUCAACACUGAUCAUUUACACUGGAAUGGUACUGUCUAUAUUUGCACCGGCGUCUCUGUCUACUCUGUGUUCGACCUCUUUUAUAAUAUAAAGCUGGAUGGUUUCUCAUUUUCUGGUUGAAGCUCUUGGAGUUUGCUGCGCACACAUCUUCCCCCUGUACUGUAGGACUUAUCAGAUGUCAGAUGGAGAGCGAAAUAAACUACAUCUGUCAAAUGUG